GCAACUGCCAGCGUUCUACGCAAACUGUUUGGCCAGCAGCCGGCAGCAGCUGGCAACAAUGACAACAGUGGCAGCACUGGCACCAGCAUCGUCCAGGGACAGAGUCAAGAUCAUUUCGAUUAUCAAGACACCUCCAAAAGCACUACUAAUCAUCCCUCUCAAGAGACGACGGCAAAUGGUGUCCUUGUCGCCGCUGACAACGACGACAACGACAAACAGCCGGGCCAAGUGACGCCCACAGCCACGGCCACGGUCACGGAAGUCGAGUCACAGUCACAUGCACCCGUCAAUAACGAGAACAAGGACACUGCUAUGAUGUCUAUCAACACUCCUCCGCCGCCGCUACAUGUAGCUACCAGCCUGGACGAUGCUAGGACGCAUCGUUCUGGGAAUGAAAAGGAAAACGAUGGCUACUACGCUCCCAACCUAGAUGCCAAUGACCUAAUCGAUAUUAGAUCCGCUCCCCAGGCAUCUGUCGGUACUAAGUCGCUGGUCUCUCCGAUGGGAGAGAUGACACUAAGUCAGAUGAUCCCCGAUAGCAUCAACGAAGUGACAGAAGACGGUAGAGACGAAGACGGACAUGUGAUCGGCGCCCCCGAGGAGAAAGCAGAGGAGGAGAAGCUCUCUGAAGAAGAAAAGCAGUUCCGUGCCGAGCGUGAAAAACAUCUCGUUUUCAUUGAGGAGGCGCUUGAUAUGGCCCGGCUCGCCCUCAAGACAAACGAGACACCCGUCGGGUGUGUCCUAGUACACGAGGACAAGGUGAUUGCCAGGGGGAUGAAUGCCACCAACGUCACACGCAACGGUACUCGCCAUGCCGAGUUUAUGGCCGUGUGUGCCCUUCUCUCGUAUGCGCCUAAGAACGGUCCACGGACCACGUGCCUCAAGCCCCGGAUUCCAGAGCCAGAAAGGUCCGAUGAUGAUGCUGGUAGCGACAGUGGCUGCUCGACCUUGGCCUCCUCCGUGCCCCAGCCUGAUGAGGGCAACGAGGACGGCCGAAAGGGUCACCUUUACCCCUACGGCCAGAAGGAACACCCGGCCGAGCGUGUCGACCGCUCCAUCCUCCGUGAGUGUACCCUGUAUGUCACCGUCGAGCCCUGCGUAAUGUGCGCGUCUCUCCUGCGCCAGCUGGGAAUCAAGAAGGUCUUUUUUGGCGCCGUGAACGACAAGUUUGGUGGCACCGGUGGCGUCUUCAGCAUCCACGCCAACUCGCUCCCCGUGAGAGACGAUGGGCAGACGGCUAGUGCACACCCCCAACCACCGCCCAUGAGGCUUCCCAACGGCAACUUUGUCCUCGGAACAUCUUUCCCUGAAGGUGGUGGCGACGGUGGCAAUGUCGAGCCUGGUUAUGAGAUUGAGGGUGGUUGGGGCCGUGACGAGGCCGUCGCGCUUCUCCGACGUUUCUACGUCCAGGAGAAUGGGCGAGAUUCAGCACCUGUUCCUCGAAAAAAGGAAGGCCGAGCUGCGCGUCUGGCGGCCUUAGAAAACAAUGACGAUGCACCCAUCGACUCCAAUUCAGGAUCCACCACCGGUGGAACCGGACCGGAGGAUGAGAACGCAGCACAGGAGGGCACCGACUCGGAGAAGAAGCAAGAGGACCCAUCUUCCAAGGAGGCCAACACCACCGCGUCCGAGACCCAGCGAGAAGACCAAUAA